CGGGUGACAGUCAUGAACAUUGUAUGAUGUCUGUUGAACCACGAAACACACAGCUGUGUUCGGAAACAACUUCUGUUGGUUCUGACAUUUUGUGCGAGUUCCUGGAGGUGACUAUCCAUUCCAUCCUCUACUUACGGGACCUGUACCCACGAGGUGUAUUUGAAAAGAGGAAGAAAUACAAUGUCCCUGUACAGAUGUGUCUCCAUCCUGACGUGUGCAAGUAUGUGGUCAAUAUAGUGGACAGCGUCCAUCGACUCAACCAGCUCAACCAGGUGGAGAAAAUUGCCAUGGUGAUUCUAGGAUCUGACCAUCGACCACUUGAGAGAUUUGUGAUAGAGAUUAGUAAACACUCAGACCACUUAAAAGGAGAUGAUCGUUACCUGUAUCAGUUAGAGCAGUCUUUGCGUGCCUUCCUUCUCAAACUGACGGUCAGUGAUGCUCUUCUCCAGCCACUCCCUAAAGAUUGCACAUGGACUAUACAAAUCGAAACAACAGAAUCAGCAGCUAACAACAUCAAUGAUCACCAGAUGAUUCAGGGAUUUCCUUGGGUAGAAGCUGAAGGAAGGGAGACAAAUCUAGCUGAGCCCAAUAUUGUCCCUCUGAAAUCAGUGACGUCUGACUAUAUAAAGAUGCAAAUGUUUGUUGAAGAGACCACAGAGAAAAAAUUACACAACUCCUGACAUAGUAAUAGUUCCUGGAGAGAACUUCUGACAACACAGUUGGUUACUCAGUGUUUCUAAAGAGUCCUCAAGAGAACUUUCAACAGUACCACGGAAUCCUGAGUGGACUUCAGAGCUUUCUUAAGAGAGUUUUGAAAGAACUUACACCAUUAAUGUCUUCCUGGCAACUUCUUUCCUCAACCUUCAGGUAGUUUUUGGGGAGUCAACAACAGUGUUUUCCUAACAACCUCUUUCUCUAAAGAGAGAUUCUAGCGAGGACUUUGACAUUAGUGUUCCUAGCAAUUUUCUUUUCUAUAGAGAUUGAUCAAAUUUGAUACAAAUGCCAAGUUUGACAUUACAUCGGAUGACCUCAUGUAUCAGGGUUCAAAGGUCAAUGUCACUGUUAUAGAUCUUUUUUGUUAAUCAUGUUAUAAUUGU